AUGGUGAGUUUUGCUGAAACGAGUUUCUCUGUUCUUAUUUAUCUUUGCUUUGUGUAUAGCAAAAAUACACAUGCAUAAUUAAAACUUAGAAACAAUUUCCUUAUCAGACCUUUGCUUGGGCACAUUUAAUAAUUGUUUUUGAAUAGUGUGUGCAUUUUAAAUUGAUAUUGUUAUCAUGCAAUGUUGAAUUAUUUUGUGUUUUAGUUUCAAGGACUUUGCUAUAUUGGUUAUAUUGAACCAUGUGGGUAAACAUUUUGACAUAAAGACUCGCCGCAAUUUAAAACAAUCAGCUGAUCUGUAAUGUACAUGGUUAAUAAAAUUGUCUCACAACUAUAUGAAAAAUCCAUAUUAUAUUUUCUUUAUUUAUCCAGUAUUUCUUUUAUUUUAGAGGUUAACAGUUGAAUAAACAGAGGUCCCUCUUGUUUUCACAGUCAUGCAGAAGAAGUUCAUUCAAUUUUAAAGCUCAUAGGAUAUUUGAAAUACUUCCAUUUAGCUGUAACUUAAUGCCACACAUUAUAAGAACUUGGUCUAUUUACUGUAGAGUUGAUACAAAUUACUGAUUACUGAAGUAUUUUAAACUUUCAACAACUAUCAUUUCAUAAUGGAAAAAGCAUGGAAACUCUGUGUUUAAUAUAGAUAUUAUGGCUUUUAGUGGAAGAAACAGAACAUGUAUUAUGGUUAAAGUUGUACAUAAAACACUCAGUUGCAUAGUAAGUACCCUCUAAUUUUUUUCUGCUAUAAUCUAAUUCGAGACUGAUACAAACAGUGUGGUUAAUUUUAGUGAGUGUGAGCACAGACCAUUAUGUUGUGUUUAUAUUUGCACCCUGCCUUUGACUGAGCAGGUUUGUAUGUAUUGGCACCUUUUUCAACACCAGUUGUAAAGCGCCGUACUGCAAACAACAUCAUAUAAUAAAAAAUACAUUCAAAGGCAUUUAACUGUAUAAGCCUACAAGAAAAAAUUAAAGAUGCACAGAGAAAGCAUAAAAAGAAUACAGCAACCACCAACUGCAGGGCAAGUAGGCUUAGGCUUACGAAUUUAGCACAGAGUUGUCCUUGUGGUCAUAACAUUAAGUGUGAGCAAAAAAACAACAGAGGGGUGGGUUGUUGUUUAGGAGUUUGUAAAUUUUAAAAUUUAGACCAGAAACCCAAAGCAGUUAUCAAAGUUGAAAAGAAGUUCAUUUAGAGGCUGCUGCCACCUGCUGGAUGAAGGUAAGGCCGUUCUUAGAAAUGUAUUUUAAUACUUUGAGGAAGUUCACAAUCCAUCAAGUCUGUCUUGAACAAAAGAGGUUAAGGAGGUUUUCUUUUCUGCAUUUCUCCUGUUAGUUAUGAAAAAAACAUUUUGAUUUAGUCUGACUCAGUCUGCUGAAGCCAAAAAUUAACUGCAGAUGCACUUUAAAAAAACAUUUAGGUAUGUCAGGAGUAAGUUGAUGAAUUACAAAUAGAAGCCAAAUGUACACACCCAAACAUUUGGCCUCCUAUCAUUACAUGUAAUUGAUUGGAUGGUAUUUGUUGCAUUAUGUUUAAGUUCAAGUUGAUCAAUAUUAUUGUUUGUCUAUAGACCUUCAAAUGGUGGAUACACCUGCUGCUGCUCGGUCUGUGCUGUCAUCAUGAACCUGCCGCUUGUAAACCAGAAUGGAUGAAACCGCAGUUCCCAUGUGAGGUCACAUCCCACAACUCCUCAAGUAUUGUGUUUGACUGUCAAGAGCGUCAACUAAACAAAGUACCUCGUGGGAUAACAAGUAACGCAACUGAGCUCGAUUUGUCAGAAAACUACAUCAAGAACAUUUCUGCUGGUUCUUUUUCCAACCUGCUGAACUUGACUCGACUUGAUCUCGGCUGGGCCAACCACGGAAAGAAACUGAUCAUUGCUGCAGAUGCUUUGAAAAAUCUGACAAAACUACACACACUGAGACUGGCAGGCAUUAAUCUGACUGAAAUCCCAGGCAAGCUCCUACCUGAUAGUGUGAAAAUCCUUCUACUGGACCACAAUAAGAUUAUCAGGUUGGAUAAAAGGAGCCUUGCAGGCUUAACAAACGUGACCCAGUUAUGGUUAUCCAAAAACUGCUACUUCUGGAGUCCUUGUAGGGAAUACUUCACAAUUGCUGACAACACUUUUUCAGUGAUGACCAAACUCGAAAUUCUGGACCUGGCCUUUAAUAACAUAACUAAAGUUCCAAAAGGGUUGCCCCAAUCCUUGAAAACUUUAAAGUUAGGUACUAACAGAAUACAGUACAUUUCUGAGCAUGAUUUUUAUGGACUAUCAAACAUGAUAGACCUUCAUCUGCAAGGGAACUGUCCAAGAUGCCACAAUGCUCCAUACCCUUGUGUCCCUUGCCAAAAUGUUUCUCUUGACAUUCAUCCUAAUGCUUUUCAGAGUUUAACAAGCCUGGAAAGUCUAACCCUGGGAGGAAACUCCCUGACCCAUGUGAAAUCGUCCUGGUUUGCGAGGUUGACGAAGCUAAGGUCGUUAAUCCUGUCAUUUAAUCUCUUAUUUGAGGCAAUUACCACAGAGGCAGCGUUUUUUAGAUACCUUCACAAGCUGGAAAAAUUAGAUAUCUCAUUUAACUUUGCUCCACAGCACUAUCCAACUAAAAUUAACUUUUCCAAAGACUUUUCAUAUCUGGUUUCACUUAAAACUUUGCACCUAGAGGGUUUGGUCUUCCAGAAUAUUGGGCCAGACACACUCAGUCCUUUGUACGAACUGAAAAACCUGUCUGCUUUAAACUUGGGGACUAACUUUAUCAUUUACUCAGAUCCCUCCAUAUUUCAUAAAUUCUCCCACCUGAAAUUGAUUUACCUAUCUGAAAACAGGCUAUAUCCAACAUCUGUGAAAAGUUCCCAACUUACAUGUGAUGGAUAUAGUCAAGGGUCAGACCUUUCCAUCUCUCCACUCGUGAUGAAACAUCCUAAAGAUCGUGUGUACGAGUUGACACAUGGGUUAAUCAAACAAGAGUGCUUUGACUCUGGACGAGUCAUCUCCCUGAGCUCCAAUAAUCUCUUCCUCAUAUCUCCAGAGCAGUUUGCCAACUUUGGCAACAUUUCAUGCCUCAACCUCUCAGGGAAUGGAUUUUCAGCAGCAAUAAAUGGAACAGAGUUUUCCACGCUGCCUAAUCUGACAUACCUGGACCUGUCAUAUAAUAAGAUUGAUCUGGCCUAUGACAAUGCCUUCCAAGAACUCCAAAAACUGCAAGUACUAGAUCUCAGUCACAACUCUCACUAUUUUACAGCAUUUGGAGUGACGCUCAAUUUGAAUUUCACUCGAAAUCUGCCUGAUCUAAGAGUGCUAAAUAUGAGUUACAACUUAAUUUCUAAAUUAACAACCAAACUCAUGUACAGCAAGUCAUUAGCAGAACUUCAGUUUACAAAUAAUUUUCUGGGCACUCUUUGGAAGGAUAAUGACCGCUCUUACCACAGGAUUUUCACUAAUCUAAUUAAUCUGAAAAUUUUAGACAUAUCAUACAACAACCUUUCACAAAUUCCAGACAAUGUUUAUGAUUAUUUGCCACACAACCUGACCAAACUACUCAUAACUAACAACAUUCUUACUGAUUUCAUAUGGGACAAACUGAGGUGGUUCCCCCAACUUGAAACUUUGGACCUGAGUUUCAACUCUUUGACGCAUAUACAAGGCUCAAACUCAAAUGUCACGCAUAAUUUGACAUUCCUUGACCUGAGCAACAAUCAGAUUUUUCAGCUGGAUGGUGGGUUUUUAAAUGAUGCAAAAAGCCUUAAGACGCUCAGUCUUAGCAACAAUGAACUGACCAUCAUCAAUCAAUCCACCACCCAAAUGUGGCCUAAAAGUCAGAUCAAGACUUUGCUUUUGCAGGACAACCCGUUCCAAUGUACCUGUGAUUCCUUGGAUUUCAUUCUGUGGAUUGAAAAGACUGAUGUUAAGAUACCUAAACUGACCACUGCAGUGACGUGUGACAUGCCUGCAAAUUGGACGGGUAAAGCUCUGAUAUCCUUUGACAUUGAACAGUGUGUGAAUGACAGUCAGGCAUUUUUGAUUUACAUUCUCACAAGCUCCUUUAUCAUCAUUUUUAUGUUUGUUUCAACACUUGUUCACUUAUUUUACUGGGAUGCCUCCUAUGUCCUACACUAUAUGAAAGCUCGGAUUAAGGGAUAUAGGUCUCUGACCUCACCUGACAGUGCUUAUGACGCCUUUGUGACGUACGACACCAGAGAUCCACAUGUGUCUGAGUGGGUGAUGAAGAACUUGAGAGUGAAACUGGAAGAGGAAGGGGAGAAACAUCAUCCUCUGUGUUUGGAGGAAAGGGAUUGGCCCCCAGGAGUCCCAAUGGUGGACAACCUCACUCAGAGCAUCCGAUACAGUCGCAAGACCCUGUUUGUCCUAACAGAGAACUACGUUAAGACCGGGGUUUUCAGGCUAGCAAUGUAUCUGGCUCACCAGAGAUUGCUUGACGAAAAUGUGGAUGUGAUAGUGUUGCUGAUGCUGGAGCCUGUCCUGCAGCACUCUCACUUCCUGCGACUCAGGAGGCGACUGUGUGGGAAAAGCAUUGUAGAGUGGCCGAGAACUGCUGCUGCAGAGCCAUGGUUUUGGCAAAACCUGAGGAGUGUGGUCAGAGUAGACAAUCAGGCGAUAUACAACAAGACUUAUUCCAGAUACUUCACCAACAACUGA